AUGGUCACUGAUGAGCAUAACAAAAACCUGAAAGCUAUCCCUACAAUGGAGGAGUUGAGAACUGUAGUGUUUUUAAUGAAUCCCAAUUCAGCUGCGGGACCUGAUGGAAUGAAUGGCCAAUUGAUCAACAGAGACAAGAGUAACUUCAUGGUACCCUCAAAUGCCUUCAACUCUACUGUUAGAAGAAUCAAGAAAGUUACAGGCUUCAAGCAAAAGAACAGCCCUAUCACAUAUCUGGGGUGUCCUCUCUACAUUGGUAGACAGAGGAUCAUCUAUUAUUCUGAGCUUAUAGCUAAAGUUGUGGCUAGGAUAGCUGGAUGGCAGGCAAAGUUAAUUAGUUAUGAAGGAAGAGUUACUUUGAUUAAGCAUGUCAUCCAAGCACUUCCUAUUCACUUGUUAUCUGCUAGUUCCCCUUCUGCAACUACUAUCAAGCAAAUUUAA